GUGUCUCCUUAUUCCUACUACUAUUCUAUGCUUUUUUUUUUUAUUGUUUUGUUUCGAUGACACAGAAAAUAUAGUAAAUGGAAAAGAAACCUGAAAAAGUUGGGAUUUUGAGUUGAUAGAUAAGUCACACAAAAAGAAACCCAAGUGCUGGAUUGUAACUAAGACAAUGAAAGACUUUUUUUUUUUGGUACUUUUAGCAACGGAUUAGCUUCAGUUGAAUGAGGUCUGUUUACUUGAUGGUUGAAACUAAAUCCACCCUUUUUAAGGUGUUUUUGACACUUUCUUUGAAACUGAGGUGAUAUAUAUUUAUAAUGGAAAACAAGGAUGAUGAGGUGAAGAAGGCACAAGUUGUGGAAGCCAGGGCAAGAAAUAUCAGCCACAAUGUGCGUUGUACAGAGUGUGGGAGUCAGUCCAUUGAAGAUUCACAAGCUGAUAUUGCAAUUCUCCUCAGAAAGUUAAUCCGUGAUGAGAUUCGAUCUGGAAAGAGUGACAAAGAGAUUUAUAAAAAGCUUGAAGAAGAUUACGGGGAGACAGUACUUUAUGCCCCUAAAUUUGAUCUGCAGACUGCAGCCUUGUGGCUAUCACCGCUUCUUGUUGCUGGUGCUGCUGCUGGGAUAUGGGCUUACAACAAGCACAGGCAAAACACUAAUGUGCACAUCAUGGCUUUGAACCUUGUUAGGGGUGUUCCAUUGACCCCAAAAGAGAAGGAAACUAUGCUAGACCUCCUCACACCUCCUCCUCCACAAGGAGUCACUCCUUCCUCCCUGUGGAGUAGGUGGCGAGGUCAAUGAUGUUCUUCUAUUUUCUAUCUCCAUUUCACUGGACCUUGAAUAUACAUGUUGAUGAGAGUUUCAUAUUUGCUUGAUGUAAAAUUCAGUACUGUAGUCAACAAUCAAGAUCACAACUGCGCAGUGAAGAUAAGAUUAGUGGAAGAUCUUCCAGCUGAGAAAACUUGUAUUAUUUCUUUCAAUUUCUGAAGUUAAUAAGCUAAUUAAUACUAUCCUAUUGAAAUUAUAAACGUUUUGUUAGUCACAUCGUGUUAUUCUUUAACAUGUAUUUGCUAGCAAAGUGUAAAGUUUUGAUUAA